AUGAGCCGUCCCGAUGGCGUGCCACCCUGGUCCAAGCCAAAGGACGACAUGCUUGCUCAGUCGAUUUGGUAUUCGAUGUGGAGAACCACAGACUUCGCAGAGGGCGCCUGCGAUGACUUCGGCGCGAAGGGGGGCGCCAUACAUUUUUAUCUGGAAGAUUCGGAUGCAGAGACCUGCGAAGCGGAUGAAGCAGCCCUGACCAGCUCUGCUUCGGGCUGCAUAGAUACCUGCCCGGCUUUCGAUCUGAGUGACUCUGAGCAGGAGCCUCAUGAUUGGGAAAAGAUCCUAGAGAUGCUCGAGAUCGAGGAGCAAUAUCGCUUUGACCCUGAUGCUUUGGCCGGCAUGGUCGAUCAGGGCAGCGACCUGGAGUGCCUCUCCGAGUAUUUCUGUGAGGCGAUGGCAUCCAGCCUCGAGGAGCAGGUGGAGGCACAGGCUUCAGACGAGGAGCCGGAGAGGGCCACGAGCAGCCGGCCUGGCUGGAAGAGCGACCGCGCUCUGCUGGCGGCCACGAAGCGCAGCCUGCUGCGCCGGGCCAAGGGGCCGGAGGCUCUCCCUGAGCUGGGCCAGAAGCUGAAGCUGGUGGAGGACGCCAUGGCGGAGGCACGGCGGCGCCACCAAAAGAGCGUGCGCCAGGCGGUGGUCCAGGCCACCCAGGAGGAUACGCCAGCGGAAAUCGUGGAUAUGCCAGCGCAAAGCUUGCUGGAAGGGCGAAUACAGGAAGCUGUGUCGGCUGCUUGCACCGGGAAGAGGGAGAAGAAGCCCUUGGGACCGAAAAAACGAGCCAGACGACAAGUGGACAAAGCGAUGCGACAGUACGUGGAAUCCACGCCAUUGCACAUGGACAUGGAAGCAGGAGAGGGCUCCAAGUGGAUCGUGGUGGGAGGUCAGGGCACCAGCGGCAUCAUUGUUCGCACGGGCGUCAGCCUCAAGUCUCAGGCACUGCACGUGCGCCUGACCUUCGGGUGCUGGCUGGAGGAGCUGUCCCUUGAGGGCAACAGGCUGCACUUCCGGCGCCUGAGAGGGGAUGGCCCCGACUUCGGCUGGGUGAGUGUCGAACUCGAUGGCCACAGACCCUUGGUGAGACCAUUGAGCGCAGAGGAGGCUCGCGCGCUGCCGGCCUUCCGCGCGCCGGUUAUGGUCAGAUGA